UCAGUGACAGUGACAAAUAUUUUAAGAAUUUUAGGUUAGUUGCAGAGAUUGAAUGUUACCUAUUUAUUAUAUAGGAAACAAUCCGAUUUUAUAGUACUUAUAGUUGAAAAGAUAUAAUAAAAAGAAUGCUUAACGCUGUCAGAAAUACUUUACGGAAUCCUGUAGCGGGUAUGGCGCGUUUAUUUCAGACAUCAGUCCCCCAAGCUUCAGAAAAGUUUGACCACAAAAGAAUACCUAAAGAAGACGAAGGUGUCCAAGGAGAGAAAGUUAUCGAUCUAGACUCAGUGCUGAAGACAAAACAAAACUUAUUUCCAACUUUAGAAUCUGAUAAUCAAAUAUUCGGAGGUAUAUUGUACAAACAGCUUCCCAUCUGCAACAUCCGUGUCUCCCAUAACAACACCAUAUUUACGAUGACUGAUGCCAGUGGCACUGUGAAGAUCAUCAGAUCAUGUGGGAUGGAAGGCUUUAAGAAUACCAAGAAAGGAACCAAUAUUGCUGCUCAAACUACUGCCAUUGCCAUAGCUACUAAAGCCAUCGAUAGAGGGUUUAAAACCAUCAGAGUAAGAGUGCAAGGAUUGGGACCAGGCAGAUUGGCAGCUGUAAAAGGUUUACAAAUGGGUGGCUUAGAUAUAGUCUCAAUCACAGACAAUACCCAUGUAUCAUGGAACCCUCCGCGACCAAGGAAAGCUAGAAGAUUGUAAUUUAACCCGAUUAAUUGUUAAGUAGUUCUACAGUCAGCAUGUACAAAUAAACAAAACUUGAAGCUUG